CAAAAUUAAACUUAUUUGACGAGCAACUAUGUCAUCACUGUCGAGUCCAGUUCCAGUGAUACUUUGCGGCAGAAACGCUGAAAUUGGGAAGCCUGUCUCGGAGCUGUUGGUCCCUGAAUUCGAAGUGAUCCAUUUCAUCGCUACCAAUGAAGCCGCUCUAGCUGAUAUCCCCCGCCUCCUGAAGGGCGAGAAACCUCAAUUUCCAGAUACCAGCGGCGUCGGAACCCAGAAUUACAACCAGGUUCCACGCGCCGUUAUCUUCGGUCGGGGAUACGAUAUCACCGAAGUAGAACAAUUUAGAAAAGCAAGCGAGGGAAGCAACGCAGAUCCUGUGGCUUGGAUUACGGGUGAUCCGAACAAGAAGCCUGAUCCUAAUGCUCCGCCUCCAGGGCCGGGAUAUGCUCAGUUUGCAGCGAUUCAGGUAAAAGAGAAGCUGUCUGCUUGGAAGGAGGAAGGUGCUGCACAGGAUGGAAUUAUCUUAUGGUAGUCAGUUGUUAAUAUGGAAAGUGCAAUGUAUCUAUCUUCUGAUGUCCAUCAGCUACACCCAUAUUGGGACAGGGCUGUCCAUUCCAGG